UUCUCCACCUCUAGUCUGUUAGUGUUUUUAUUUUUGCAAGACCAUAUUUAAAGUGAAUUAAAAACUCCCCGCGAUAAGUCAAUAAUAACACUAACAAAAAAAUUGCGGGUAAAAAGUGACGCGAUAAAAAACAAAUAAAUCUAUUUGCACAGCGAUGCGGAACGAAAUCCGAGUUGAAAAGUUUGGUCUAAGCAACAAUAGAAGAAGAAGCAACAGUUAAGCCAACAUAUUUAUACAUACACUCAAAUACAAACACAUAUACCUGCUUCGUGUAUGAGUAUGCGGGCAGAGGUGUGAGCAAUGGGCGGUGCAGAGUGGCAGAGCGGCAGAGCAGCGGCAGAGGCAAGAAAGAGCGACUGACUGCGAGCGCGACUAGAAUUAACGUUUAGUCUAGUUUAAGCCACAAGCACAAAACGCUGCGCCGUAGCGAGCAGCAGUGAGUGAAGUAAGCAGUAAACAGUGUUGAAUGCGCCUGCCUGCCUAUAAGAAAAUAAUCAAAAAUAAACUGGAAAUUGAAAUAUUUGUGUUUGCAUAGCAUUGAACAUCUGUGUUGUGUGUAUGUAAAUAUAAUAAUACGGAGUAUUUGUAUACAUAUUGACGGACAUAUAUAUAUUUAUAUAUAUGCAUACAUAUUUAAUUUUGCCAACCGCUUCAUGACAAACCACAACUUUAGCAGCAACAGUCAACGGGCCACGUCCACGCUGCAACGUUGUAAUUGAAAGUGAGCAGCGGCUAUAGUCAAGUGCUACCUCAACAAAAACCCCCCCACCACACACACACACACACACACACACAUAGAAAUAUGCUGCCUCGGUUUCGUUCCUUCUAUGGCAAAGUCAUUAUAUUCAUACUCGUGGCGCUGUGCUUCUUGUUAUACCUGAAGGUGCAGCCAGCCACGGAAGAUUACCUCUUGCCACCUGGCAGGCACCAAGCCGCCCGCCCCGCAGUCUACAGGUCACACGAGAGGGAAAGGCAAUCCACUCAUGACAAAUACUUCGAUGAUGCAGAAAACGAAAUCCGAGUGGCCACGCAAUCGCCGUAUGAACACAGCAUCCAACUCGAUCUGCAGAAACAGCACCUGGGAUUGGGUGACGAAGGUGCCGCUGUGCAUCUGAAGGGUGCGGCGAAGACGCGUGGCGAGAAGAUCUACAAGAAGAUCGCGUUGAACGAAGAGUUGAGCGAACAAUUGUCCUACAAUCGCACUGUGGGCGAUCACCGCAAUCCCCUGUGCCUGCAUCAGCAAUACGAUGAUCCCAGCACCUUGCCCACGGCCAGUGUGGUCAUCAUCUUCUACAACGAACCCUACUCGGUCCUCGUGCGCACCGUGCACAGCACACUGAACACUUGUAACCAUCAGGCGCUCAAGGAGAUCAUUCUGGUGGAUGAUGGCAGCGAUAAUGCCGAGCUGGGUGGCAAAUUGGAUCACUAUGUGAGAACACGAAUCCACAAUGGCAAGGUGACCAUAUUGCGCCUGAAGAAUCGCUUGGGUCUGAUACGUGCCCGUUUGGCUGGCGCUCGCAUUGCCACCGGCGAUGUGCUCAUCUUCCUCGAUGCCCAUUGUGAGGCAAAUGUGGGCUGGUGUGAGCCGCUGCUGCAACGGAUCAAGGAGUCGCGCACCAGCGUCUUGGUGCCCAUCAUCGAUGUCAUCGAUGCGAAUGAUUUUCAGUACAGCACCAAUGGCUACAAGUCAUUCCAAGUGGGUGGCUUCCAGUGGAACGGUCACUUCGAUUGGGUGAAUCUGCCGGAUCGCGAGAAGAAGCGUCAGAGCCGGGAGUGCAAGCAUCCGCGCGAGAUUUGUCCAGCCUACAGUCCCACAAUGGCUGGCGGUUUGUUUGCCAUGGAUCGUCGGUACUUCUGGGAGGUUGGCAGCUAUGAUGAGCAGAUGGAUGGCUGGGGCGGUGAGAACUUGGAGAUGUCCUUCAGAAUCUGGCAAUGUGGCGGCACCAUCGAAACGAUUCCCUGCUCUCGAGUGGGCCACAUCUUUCGCGACUUCCAUCCCUACAAAUUUCCCAACGAUCGUGACACACACGGCAUCAACACGGCUCGCAUGGCGCUCGUUUGGAUGGAUGAAUACAUCAACAUAUUCUUCCUCAAUCGGCCAGAUCUCAAGUUCCAUCCAGACAUUGGCGAUGUAACGCACAGAGUAAUGCUGCGCAAGAAACUGCGCUGCAAGAACUUCGACUGGUACCUGAAGAACAUCUAUCCGGAGAAGUUUGUGCCCAACAAGAACGUCAUAGCCUGGGGCAAAGUGAAAUCGGUGAAUGCCAAUCUGUGUCUCGACGAUUUACUGCAAAACAACGAGAAGCCAUUCAAUCUGGGCUUGUAUCCCUGUGGCAAAGUGUUGCAAAAGUCGCAGCUCUUCUCGUUCACCGAAAAGCAAGUGCUGCGCAAUGAACUCAGUUGUGCCACGGUGCAACAUAGCACAACGCCACCGCAUCGUGUGGUGAUGGUGCCGUGCCUGGAGAACGAUGACUACAACGAGCAAUGGAGAUACCAGAAUCAUCAGCUGGUGCACAGCAACACGGGCAUGUGCCUUGAUUACAGCGGUCAAAAGAGCAUGGACGAUGCCCAAGUGGCGCCAUGCAGCCUUUCCAGUGACACGCAGCGUUGGGCCAUCGAACAUGACUGAGCGGACGAGGUGGCAAACGCCAGCGGACCAAUUGCCAAUUGCAACCGAGAGAAACUGACUAAGCGAUGUAAAGCGCAACGUUUACAAACUAAACACAGACUCGAAUUAACGCAACAACAAAAAUAACUAAAAACGAACGUGUAAAUACCAAUAAAAAUCAAUGCUAGAAAUAUAUCUAUAUAUUUUCUAUA